GCCAUCAGGAGUUCAUCUUUUUAAUAUCAGGAGGCAAGAAGAAAGGACAGAAGUGGCUCUGGCUGUGAUGGGGCUCUUACUGGGCCUGCUGCUCCUGAGCCACCUACUGGUGGUCAUCUAUGGACAUCCCAUCCUGGAAGUGCCUGAGAGUGUGACAGGGCCUUGGAAAGGGGAUGUAAAUAUUCCCUGUACCUAUGGUCCUCUGCAAGGCUAUACACAAGUCUUAGUAAAGUGGCUGGUAGAACGUGGAUCUGACUCAGUCACGAUUUUUCUACGUGACCCCUCUGGAGACCAUAUUCAGCAAGCAAAGUACCGGGGCCGCCUGCAUGUAAAUCAUGAGGUUCCAGGAGAUGUGUCCCUCCAACUGAAUACCCUGGAGAUGGAUGACCGGAGCCACUACACAUGUGAAGUCACUUGGCAGACCCCUGAUGGCAACCAAGUUGUGAGAGAUAAGAUCGUUGAACUCCGAGUCCAGAAACUACCUGUUUCUAAACACACAGUGAUGUCUGACAGUGGCUGUGGCUUCACAGUACCCAAAGGAAUGAGGAUUAGCCUUCAAUGCCAGGCUUGGGGUUCUCCCCCCAUUAAUUAUGUUUGAUACAAGGAAUAGACUAACAACCAAGUACCCAUCAAAGUAGGAAUCUUCAGCAUCUUACUUUUGAAGUCUGCAGUGGUAGACUCAGGUUUCUAUUUCUGUACUGUCAAGGGCUGGUUAGGCUCUGAGCACCACAGUCACACUGUGAAAUUUGUGAUCAAAGAUUCCUCAAAGCCACUUGAGACCAAGACUAAGUCACUUCCAACCAUGCAAACCCCCUUGAAAGCAAUAUCCACAGAGAAUACAUCCUGGGUCAGAAUAACUGAAGUGGAUGGUGAUAUUGGAAAGACAAGUGCUGGACCAGGUAAAGGCCUGUCUAUCUUUGCCAUAAUUCUCAUCAUCUCCUUGUGCUGUAUAGUGUUUAUCACCAUGACUUAUAUCAUGGUCUGCCAGAAGACAUCCCAACAGGAUCAUGUCUAUGAAGUGGCCAGGUUUCAUACCAGGGAGGCCAGUGACUCUGGUGAAACAAUGAGGGUGGCCCUCUUCACAAGUGGCUGCUCCAAUGAAGAGCCAGAUUCCCAGACUCUGGGCAAUGACUACUCUGAUGAGCCUUGCCUGGGCCAGGAGUACCAGAUCAUCACCCAGAUCAACAGUGACUAUGCUCGUCUGCUGUAUACAGAUCCCCUGGACUAUGAGCUUCUAGCGACCAAGGGCAAGAAUGUCUGCUAAAAAUGUCUUACUGAGCCAUUCUACAUGGCCCCUUUCCCUUCUGUUUCUUCCUGGUUAGUCCAACAUGUCUUCCUUGCCAACAAUGGGGUUGCUAAGAGUAACUGGUUUUGCCUAAGAAGUUUCCAUAUGUACCUCAAGCAAGCCUGCCACUGGGUCAUGCCCUAGACCCUUCUAGUACUCCUGCCUACAGCUUCCAUUGCUUUUCUCCAAACAUCAGAAGAACUUGCCCAUAGCACUAGGACUUGGUCACUCUGCCUCCAGAUGACAUUCAACUUUGGCCUCUUACCACUGAACAGCCAGAGGGAGGCUCAGCUCCACCAGCUCAGAGGAUGAGUUGGGUUCAGGUCACUUCCCUUUCUCUAGUGCCA